AUGGCGGAUUCGGAGAGGCGUUUCAACCGGGCGCUCUACCGCUCCGUGUGGUCCAAAAUCUUCAAGAUCCGCCCGAAGCUCGUGCUCUGCCGCCGAGAUCGCCUCCGACUCCGGGCCCCAGGCCGGUGCGAGCGACACCGGCGGCGGCGGCGGCUGCUGCAGGCCCAGGCGGCCCACGAGGGCUGCCGGGAGCGAAGCGGCGCGGGCGUGCGGGACGGCGCGGGCCUGCGGGACGGCGCGGGCGUGCGGGGCGGCGCGGGCCUGCGGGGCGGCGCGGGCCUGCGGGGCGGCGCGGGCGUGCGGGGCGGCGCGGGCCUGCGGGGCGGCGCGGGCCUGCGGGACGGCGCGGCCGGGGAGAAGCCCGAGGCCGGCGCGGCCGGGGAGAAGCCCGAGGCCGAGGCGGCCCGGAGGCCCCAGGCCGCGUCCCCCAGCCCGGCGCGCGACGCGUACCACGCCCGGCCCUUGGCCCCGUUCCCCUUCCCGAUCAGCGCCCUGCUGCCCGCCGCGCCCUGCAUCCGCUUCCCCAGCCCGCCGCCCGCGCAGAGCGUCCGGGAGAAGCGCCGGGCCCCGCAGGUGCGGCAGCUGGGCCCGGGCUGCGCGCUGCUGCUGCUGCCCGUGGAGGAGGAGUUUACUUUCGGUGGCACGUGUCGCCUGACUUGCCUCUAUGGCGAGGUGGAGGUGUUUGGUUAUACCAUCCGGCAAGGCCAGCCUCCCCAAGACCUCUUCUCUACCUUCACACACGCUUUCCUGAAUAUCACUGCGGUUCGUUACUCCAUGCCUCAGAAAACCAAGAAAGAGACAAAAAAGGAAUUCCGGGCUUUGGUCAGAUCUCGUCUUAACCUAGAGGACAGAUCUUGGUCGAUAAAGAAUUUCUCUCCUCUGUGUUCCCUUGCGAUGUUAGAACAGCUGAAAAGCCCCACUGUAAGCUUCAUCACCGGCUUUCCAGGCUUAUCUUGCGUUUUCAUGCAAGAGAGUGGUCCACUCCAGAUCAACUCUGAAUCUUUAGCUUUGAGAUCUGUUGGCAUCAGAAAGGAGAAGAAGAAAAGAAGCCUUACCUUAACCGAGAGCGUCCAUUCGGCACUGCGGGAGCUGGUCAGUGUGGCUGAGGAAGAAAUGGACGACUGUCUGGUCGUCCUGGUGUGCGGCGCUCAGGAUGUUGGAAAGUCAACAUUCAAUAAGUUCCUGAUUAACCAGCUGUUAAAUCGUAUUCCCUGUGUUGACUACUUAGAAUGUGAUCUGGGGCAGACAGAGUUCACGCCUCCUGGUUGCAUUUCUUUACUGAAUAUUACAGAACCGGUUCUGGGUCCUCCCUUUACUCACCAAAGGACCCCACAGAAGAUGGUGUAUUUCGGGAAACCUUCUUGUAGAAACAGCUGUGAGAACUACAUUGAGAUAAUAAAAUAUGUGUUCAGCGCUUACAAGAGAGAGUCACCACUGAUCAUCAACACGAUGGGCUGGGUGGUAGACGAUGGGCUGCUUCUGCUGAUUGACCUCAUCCGGCUGCUGGCUCCCAGCUACGUGGUUCAGUUCACUACGGCCCAUACCAGAAACAUGCCAAUCCUCACCCCCGAAUUCGUGGAAGGCACGGAUGGCUUGUACACAAAAAGCAAGUCCAGACACAGAAAUCGGUGUUUCGAAUUCCCAGACUUGGGAGAUAAUUUGGAAUUUACUGAUGAAGAGAAAGACGGUCCUGUUUUCUUGAAUGGACAUAAACUAUUAUAUGUUCAGUCAGAUUUUAUAUUUUGUAAAACUAUAAGAAAUAGAGAAUCACAUAACAGAGUUCUUCGAGGAUUGGCCGUGUUAGGUUACCUAAGCUUGCUUAUGCCGUCGGUGCCCAAACCACCAAGCUUCCUGCCCAGUCUGACACCCUAUCAGGUCCCUUUUAAUUCGGUUGCUAUCCGGAUUACCCACUCUGAUGUCGCCCCCACCCACAUCCUGUACGCUGUGAAUGCCAGCUGGGUUGGCCUCUGCAGGAUCAUGGAUGACAUCCGAGGGUACACCAGGGGCCCCAUCCUGCUGGCCCAGACUCCCAUUUGUGACUGUGUGGGGUUCGGGAUCUGUAGAGGUGUUGACAUGGAGAAGCGGGUGUACCACAUCCUCACCCCUGUGCCCCCAGAAGAGUUAAAGACGGUGAAUUGUCUGCUCAUUGGCUCCGUCAACAUUCCACCUUGCAUCUUCUGUGCCCAGCGGGGGCUGGAGGGAACCAUCCCCUACAUCACAACCGAUUACAAUUUCAACCUUCCUGGCGCCUCGGAGAAAAUUGGAUUAAGAACGUUUACGGAAGCAGAGGGGUUUCAGAUCGAUCCCACAUUUUGCCGGAAAGCAAAAUGAAGUUCCAACAAGGGGAGGGACUUUCUCCAGAAAGCGCCCCUCCCAGCCUCACUGAGCCAGAGCGCUCGGAUUCACGGACUCUCUUAUGGACAGGGUUUAUGUACUUUCUCCCUUAGUUCAGAUGUGGUAUAAACCUGGUCCUGGUCUUUUGUAUGUUUAAUUAUGUGUGUUGUCUGGAGUGGUUUCUAAAGAGAUCGCAAGGCAUGUGGAAGUUUUUAUACCAUUAAAGCCAGAAGCAUAGGA